GUUGUUCGGUACGGCGCAGUCGCAACAGCAGCAGCCGCAGUAGAAGCAUAGAAAUUGGAGCUGGAGAUGCAACAAAAGACGCAGCACAGCAGUAGCAUCAUCCAUCAACAAAAAAAGCCUAUAAUUUUGUUUUUGAAUGUGUAAAAAUCAAAGCGCGACGCGUGCGUGUGAGUGUGUGUUUGUGCAUGUUCAUUCAUUGAAAGCGCAGCAGCAACAGCAGCAGAAGCAGAAGCAGUAACAGUAGCAGCUUCAACAAUGCAGUCGACGUCGUCGAGCAGCGAACAGCGUCCACACUAAGCGUCCACAGUCCACAGAUAGUCCACAUAUUCACACACAUAACGAUCACUUCGCAUGCGAAACUCAACGAGCGCGCAUCAAAAUCAAAUUCAAACGGUUACGGUUACGGCAAAAGAGUAACGAACUACGACUAAAAAGCAUUGAAAAGAACUUUUGUGUGCAUACAAUAAAAUAUAUAAAGACCGCAGAGAACAAACGGGAACGGUGGUAAAAAGAAGCAACUUCAAAAGCCAGCCAGUCAGCCAGCAGUCGUAAUUGAAAUCGAAUUAAAGCAACGUGCAAAAAUAAUAAUAAAACUACAAAAAAAAAGAAAAACACAAACAACAGUAAAGAAGAAAUGUACUAAAAGGCAAGGCGAUAAAAAAGAAAUUAUGCUACAUUGUGCGAGAGGUCAGAUACCAACAACAGCAACAACAACAACUACAACAACUCGAGAGUAGUUUGAAAAAUUCACGCAGGAGUUUUGAUGUAAUUGCCGUCGUUGUGCAAAAAUACACACUCAAAAAAGUAAACCGAAACGUCGCUUAACGUUUAAUAGGCGACGAAUGAACUCAUAAAAGGGCCCACCAAGCAAACCGCGUACAAAACGUUGGCAGCGACGCCAACGGCAGUCGAAGUAGUAGUAGCAGCAGCAGCAUCAGUGAGAGCAGCGACGUCAGCGUCAGCGCCACAGCUUGAACGUCAACGUUGAGCUUCUGCGUGUUUUUUGGAGCUUGCACCAGUUCUUUUAAAGAGCCGUGCAUAGACAGACGGCGGAAAGUGGUACUACCACACAACACCAACAAAACGAAAACUUUCUUCCAAACGCAAGUCAAAGUCAAAGUCGUGGUCGUGCCGUGAUCUUUGCACGCCGCCUAGUGUUGAACUUGAGAAGCUCACAAAACGGCAAACAGCAACUGCUACUAUUUCAAUUGUUAACGAGCGAAAGCGUCGUAGUCACGCACACACAUACACAUAUACAUAGUUGUUGUCUAGCCUAGGCCUGGAAAGUGCAGUCGACAGUGAAAAUGAUGUACUUGAUCCAGACGCCAUUCCAGUCGUCCCGCUUUAGGCUACAGCAGCAAUUCCAGCACCAGCUGUUUGGCGCACUGCUGGCAUUAAUGCUAACGGCAAGCCUCACUAAUGGCGCCGUGACAGACUCGCCUAUUAAGAUCAUCAAGCUGCCCGCUCAGGCGCCUGUGAUACGCUACCGCAACGCGGAUGCUGCGCCGGAUUCGCUGUUGAUCAACUAUCGCCAGGAUGCGCAACCCGAGUUAUCCUCCACGCUGAUGCAGGCGCCAGGAGCUGCGGCUGCCGCUCUAGAGAAUCUGCUCCAGGAGGAAGCGGACCAGCAACAGCAGCUGAGCAUGGGACGGCAGCAUCGAGCCAGUGCCACGGGUACCAACAGCUGUCCUCGUUCCUGUCCGCCCAGUUUGACUGUGGGCGCUGAGCCCGUGUGCGGCAGCGAUGGCCUCAUCUAUGCCAAUCUGUGUGAGCUGCGCAAGAAAACGUGUGCCCGCAACGGUGUCUCCAUGGUCAAGGAUGUGCGCGAUGGUUGCGAACGCUCGAAGGGAUCGGACUGCAAGCAUCGUUGCACCACUGAGAAGGAUCCGGUGUGUGGCACUGAUGGACGCACCUAUUUGAAUCGUUGCAUGCUGCGCGUGCAAUCCUGUCGCGUUGGGUUGGCCGCCGUCAAGUUAUCUCAUGUGGGUCCUUGCAGUAACACCAGCGCCCAGCGUGAAUCCUGCCCCGUGGACUGCAACAGCGCACCCAAAGAUGGACCCAUUUGUGCGUCUGAUGGCAACGUCUAUAACUCCACCUGCGAGAUGAAGCUGCACACCUGUGGUCAGGGUGUGGUGAAGACCAGUCGCAAGCAUUGCCAGUCGACGCGAAUGUGCCGCGAAUCCUGUUGGCGCGUGGCGCGUCCCACUUGCGGUUCCGAUGGUCGCCUCUAUGCGAGUCCCUGCAAGAUGCGUUCCACCAACUGUGGCAAGCAUGUGUUCGAGGUGCCGUUGUCCUUCUGCAUGCCUCAGGAGCGUCAUGGCAGCCAGUCAGCUGCCGAGACUUGUCCCACAGAAUGUCCGAAGUCCGAUGCGGAUGCCACGUCACAAUAUGUCUGUGGCAGUGAUGGCAACAUCUACUCAUCACUCUGCGAACUGAAGAUGCUCAACUGCGGACCACAGCGCAAAUCCAUACAGAAGAUGAGCAUGGAUAAGUGCAAGAAUCGUUUGACUCGCUGCAAGCAGCUGCCACCCUGCAAGGACUUCAACAAUCUCUUUGGCUCCAUCUUCAGUUCAAAGCGCAACGACAAACUGUGCGGCACCGAUGCCAAGACCUACAACAACGAGUGCGAGCUGGCGCAUGCCACCUGUCUGCGCGGCGUUAAUUUGGCGCACAUUGGACCCUGCACGGAUCUGAACAGCCCCACCAGGGACUGCGGUGAUGCGUGCACACGAGCAGAUCUGGAGCAGCAGCCGGUGUGCGGUUCCGAUGGCAACACCUUUGCCUCGAUGUGCGAGUUCAAGCGACGCACCUGCAAUCUGCGUGUGGUGCCAGUUUCACUGAAGAAUUGCGCCUUAACUGCGGACUGUGAAUCGGACUGUGAUGCUCAGCCACCGAACUUUGUGUGUGGAUCGGAUAAUAAGUUCUACAAAUCGGAGUGCCACAUGCGCAAGGAGAAUUGCGGCAAGCAUGUGUUUGUGGUGCCACUGAAGCGUUGCCUGGCCGCUUUUCAGUUUAAGGGCUGCGCCCGCAUCUGUCCGAGGGAAUUUGAGCCGGUGUGUGGCAACGAUAAUAAGACGUAUUUGAACGAUUGUUUCCUGGACAUUGAGAAUUGUCGCACCAAUAGCACAGUGGGUGUGCAUCACUAUGGCGCCUGUGGACGCCCCGAGGCGCCAUCGAACAACUUCCUUUACUGA